UCUGAUCGGCGGUCCGAGCGAGGGGGCGUGGCCACCCUUUUCGGAGGCGGCGAUGGACGCCCCGGCGAAGGCGGGCGGCGCGCGCGACAGGGAGGAGCUAAAGAAGAAGCUGACCUUACUGCAGAGAGAGUACACGAAGACGUUCAACAUAUUGCAGCGUGCUGAAAGAGCUGAGAGAGUCAAGAGUUACGUUAAGAACACCGUUGCGGAGCAAAACCAAUUGCUAAUGCAAGCUGAGGAGGACUCUGCAGGCUCCGUUGGCCAGGAUGCUUCCAAGGCGUCAGAGAGCAUCUCAGCUGGUUCUUGUUCCGAGACAAAUGCCAUGAAAGCUCCAUCAGUCUCCUUCAAUCUUGAGCCUGAGGAGUUCAGCCGAGAAGGCCCCUUGCCUGAGAACUCAGCCUUAGAAAGUACUGGCCGUGAGCACAGAAGAGUCCCGAUUGCGCCUGUGUGGCCUGUUCCUGAAAGAAAGCAGAGCCGCCUGUCCAGAAGCAGAUGCAAGGAGCGGUCCAGGGGGGCUUUGGAGGAUAGAAGAGAAUUUAAUGAAGGGCUCAGCUUGGAGGGCCAUCAGUCACCGGUCUUCAAGAGACACAGCAGCGGUUUCAAUUCAAGCGUCCCAAAGAUGCCUUUGGCGGCGGCGGCGGCAGAACAAGGAGGCACUGUUACCAUGCCUGUGACACCUCAGGGGCCACUUGAGGAAGACGGCAUCCCCAGAGUUCUUAGUCCACUUCCUGGCCAUCAGCUGGAGGAGAGUCCAGGUCCCUCCCCUGAGCACCUGUGGAAGGCAGGUGGCUUUGCUACCCCUGAAGAUUCAGCAGACAAGGACACCAUUUUGCUUGCUGACCUGCAGAAUAUCUCAAAAGAAAAGGAGAAAGACAGGGAGGCUAAAGAAGAUCUGUGUGGAAAUGAAACACAUCGAGAAAGAAGCCAGUCUGGGGAGUCACAGAGCACCAGCUGUUGUCGCAGUGCCUCUCCCGCUCUCAGGCCAGCAAAGAACAGUUCAGGGGCUGCGGCUGGCCCUCCCCUCCUGGAGGAGGGUGCUCCUGCUACCCCCGCCAGCAGCCGGUGGGACUCUUGCACAGUCGUCGAGGGGCUCCUGUUUCCAGCCGAGUAUUAUGUGAGGACCACCCGGCGAAUGUCCAGUUGCCAGAGGGAGCUCAACCUGGCAGCGGUCAUUCAAAGCCAACUGGGCAAGAGGAGGAAGGGCCAGGGAGUUGCCUUGAAGGAGCAGGCGGCAAAGCCCAUCCCCUCCUCCCCAGGGCUGGUGGCAAGUAGUGCCCCUUCCCCGUCUUCUGAUGCUGACCAGGAAAGCGGAAGUGGGUCUCAUGUAGCAUCCACGGAGAGCCCUGCUCCUGGGGAUGGGUUGCCUCAGAGCAGGGCUCUCACCCAGCAGAGCAGAGCGGGGAGGCGGAAGGGGAGAAGGCGGUCCCGGCGCAGACCUCCAAGCCGUGGGGCACAAGGACUGUUGGCACUGAUGAGUCUCAAAGGAAACAGCUCUCUUGUGUCCAGUGAAGUGUGUCACUCGGAGCCUCAAGAGCAGGAUGGGAACCAGGACCGUGCCAGGGUGGAGCCAGCACAAAGCGGUGCAAUGGCUUCACCUCAAAGAAAACCCUCAAGUUCCUCUCUGAAAAGCAAGGCGGGAAGAGCAUCUUCAGGUGGAAGGGGGGGCAGGUUGUGUACAGGCGCUCCGGAUCCUGCUUCUCUUGGCUGCCUUGGUAUCCCCAGCAUCGGUGGAAGGGCCAGACUCAAGUGGUUGCCUUCUGACUUGGACUUGCAAGAAUUCCACUUACCCACAGAUGAGUUUGGCUCCCUCAAAUCAGAAAAAGUCAAAGCUUCUGCCAAAAAAGUGCUGGAAAUCUUGGAUGGUGGCAAGUCCCUCAAGUCCCUCCAGGGUGUUGAUGUUGCCAGUCUUCAGGCAGCAGAAGAAAGCCUGGGUGGUGCUCUUCUUUCUCUGGAAGAUGAGCCCCCUGAGCCCUUCCCUUUUCCACAGGGCUUGCACACGAGCAAGCUGCUCCUCUCUCCAGCCAAUGCUGUCCCGGAGGGGGGAACCAGUCAGCUGGAGUCCCAGUUGCCCACUUCUCUUUUCCCUCUUGUGGGGGUAACUCCAGGCACACAGGACUGCUCUGGUGCCCCUCGGCAAGCACAAGCCGGUGCCCCUCAGGAGCCAAGCGUCUUAUCAGCAGCUUUGAGCACAUCAGCAUGGGGCAAGGAGGAAGAACGAUGCCACCUGGGGGCACUGUGGCCAGAGGAUGAAGGGGGAGCCAACUGGGAGCCUGGCCAAGCAGCUCAGCGUGAAGUGGUAGCAGAAGACUGGGCACGUGUGAUGAAGGACUCCCAGGGAGGAGAACAUUUGCAGAUGACCUCAAAGCUGAAGAAUUUCUCUGGUUCCUGCUCUGUGGAUGUGAGUGCUGUAUGGUGGGGAGCAGCUGACUUCACAGAGUUGUGUAUUGUGACUGCUUGUGAGACUUCCGUUGCCCUCUGGAGACAUCUGGACUCUGGCUGCUGGGAGAAAGUCCACACCUGGAGCUUUGCCGAGGUCCCCGUCUUCCAAAUCGUGCCCCUGCCGGGUGCUCACAACCUUGUGUGCGUGGCCUUGGGAGGCCUGGAGAUAGCGGCGGUCAGGCUGUUGUCUCCUUCUCUUGAGGAUGGCGGUGUGAAGCAGCUACUGGUCAAGGCUGGAAAGAUCAAAGCUGCUCUUGGCCUGAGCAGCAGGAGGUUGGUCAGCAGCUGUGACCGAGCUGUGGACAUCUUUUCCUUCCCUGAAGCAGGAGGGAGCUACACGAGGCAGGCCUUGUUUCCUCCAGAGGAGGCCACUUUGGCGUUUGCUGCAGUGGCUGGGCUGGCUGAGGCUUUGGUUGGCUUGACGGCUGCCAACUGCCUAGUGGUCUGGAACCUGAGAACUGGGCAGCUGCUGAGCAGGAUGCUGCUAGGCUAUGCCUACCCUGCGCCGGUGUGCCACCAGGCCUACUCCGACUCGGGCCUCCUGUUUGUGGUAUUAAGUCACCCGCAUAUGAAGAACACGGAGUCAGGUGGGAGCCCGGCCUUUCAGGUGGUGGCGUUCAAUCCCAAGACGGCCAGAAGCUGCAGGGUGAUGACGGCAUCCGUGCCUCCAGGCCAUCAAGGAAGGUACCUGGAAGGGGACGUGCGGGAUGCGUCUGCAGCAGCCGUACUGACCUCUGGAGCCAUCGCUGUGUGGGACUUGUUGCGGGGAGAGUGCACGGCGCUGCUGCCCCCUCGUGCUGAGGGGAGCUGGUCUCUUGUCAGGUGGUCCGUCACAGACCAGUUUCUGUUGGCUGGCCAGACAGGUGGCAACGUUUGCAUUUAUCGCUAUGGGGUGAGGCAGGGAUCUGCCCCAGAGACGGUCACCGCUGGAAAAAGUGCUUGUCCACCUGUCCUGGAGGACGGGCGUUCCUGGGCCUGAGGAGUUCCUCCCAGAGGGCUGCUUUUCCCUCCCAAGAGACUGGCAGGGCUGAGCGGCAGUUGGGUCCUGGCGAAGGGAUUGGCAGGGAGCAAGCGGAGCCCAGGGCGAGGGGCUCAGCCCCUUGGUUGGCUGCUCCUCCCUGCUGGGCACUCUCCUUCACCACGUUCUCUCUGGGCAGGAUGUUGUUGUUUUGUGCUGUCAGUUACAGGCACUAUUAAACUUCGUUUUAAAAGGAAAA